CUCACAGACAACGAGACGGCACAGAUGGGCCGCUGAAUGAGGUGGGUUAGACGAGGAAAAUGGCAAUGAAAAAAAGGAAGAGACGCACAUAGGGGGAGGGAAGAUAUUACAAGAGCAUGUGAAUCAGAGGAAAGAGAGAAGCAAGAGGAAACCAGCAUUAACCUGGUUGUGAAUCAUCCAGAGAAUAACCCAAUCUUUCGACUGCUGCAGUGACAUUCACAACAUGGAGUGAGAGGACAGUGAAAGGACCCUCGCUAACUGUCAGCUGCUGACUUUCUUCUGCCUUCGGCCAGAGGAAGCAUCGGCAGCAGCACGAUUAGAGUCAAGCCACUGGGGACAAUGCGCCAAAGACAGAGAGACUGCAACACUGGAGCUCUGACACAUGUGCGGCUGAUGCACACAGACGCACGUUUUCUUUCAUGCAUGUGGUAGAUUACUGCAAGUUCCUGGAAGAGGACUACUACUGGACAUCAACAAAAUACCACGUGUAUAUGGAAAUAGGAUACCAACACAGGGACCAAGUCCAUUCACCACGUAAACUUCCUUUUGUCUCUGGGAUCAAGACUUGAUCAAAUGCUGCUGACAAGUGGACCUCAAUGCCUCCUGACUGAGUAAACUCCUGCUAACGGAACUAUGCAGUGGAGACGACGCCACUGCUGUGCACACACAGCUAAACUUUUGUAUCUCCUUUCACUGUUGGGCGUACUGGUCUUUCUGGCCCACCAGGUGUGGCUGCCUAGGCUUACGGGUAUGCCAUGGUGGAGAGGCCAUCCAGUUGUGUACGGAAGUGGGGGACUUCAAAACACAAAAACCAGACUGAAUAUGAGCUCCAAACAUUCAAUUUGGAGGUUUGACAUCGUUCCUCAGCAGACUUUGAAGGCUGACGCCAACAUCAGCCUCCAUGAGAAGGAAGGCGUCUUUUCUUCUCGAGGCCCAAGUUCUGAGAACACCCUGGCAGCUAACACAAGCCAAAGUGGAGAGGGAGAUCUUAGAGGACUGAUAACUCAAGGGCCUUUCUCUUAUGUUAUCAAUGAGCAAGACAAAUGUGUGGAAAACAGACCUGCCCCAUUUCUGGUGUUACUAAUAGCCACUGAGGCUCGGAAGGUGGAGGCAAGGAACGCUAUACGUCAGACGUGGGGGAAUGAGAGUGUCGGUCUGGAUCUGGGAAUCAUCCGUCUGUUCAUGCUGGGGAAAAAUGAGGGAGAGCUAGGACUUUUACAACAAAGGAUAAUAGAAGCAGAGAGCAAAAGGCAUCAUGACAUUAUUCAGCAGGACUUUGAGGAUUCCUACAAAAACCUGACAAUUAAGACAUUGAUGGGAAUGAACUGGGUGGCAAUGCACUGCCAACAGGCCAGCUAUGUCAUGAAGACGGACAGUGACAUGUUCGUCAACACAGAGUACCUCAUUUAUAAGCUUCUCAGGCCAGAGCUAUUUCCCAGGAAGAGUUACUUCACAGGAAAUAACAUGAGAGGCUUUGCACCUAACCGAAAUAAAAACAGCAAAUGGUACAUGCCGCCAGAACUGUACCCAAGCGAGAAGUACCCCACCUUCUGCUCUGGGACUGGUUAUGUCUUCUCUGGAGACGUGGCGAUGAAGAUCUACCAAGCAUCGCUCAGUAUCCCUCACCUGCAUCUGGAGGAUGUGUAUGUGGGAAUAUGCCUAGCCAAGCUCCGGAUCGAGCCCACACCACCGCCCAAUGAGUUCCUAUUCAACCACUGGCGGGUGUCUUACUCCAGCUGCAAGUACAGCCAUCUGAUAACAUCACAUGGGUUUCAUCCAAAUGAACUACUCAAAUACUGGCAUCACCUGCAGACCAACAAACACAAUGCCUGCAUCAACGAGUUUAAAGAAAGAGGGGGCAGGAUGCAUGCAGUCCAAAGGAAUGAACAAAACAAGCUCAAUAACUGACACUUUUUCACUCACACGCUCUUGUUAAGCCUGUUCACAAUGGACAAAAAAAAAUAAAUAAAACACAUAAAAAUCUGGGUUUUGUCUUUAGUGGCGAAGGUACAAUCGGCAUAUUACUCUGCCAUAGUCACUGGUAACUGUCUACUCCAGCUCUGAUUGGCAGUCAGGGGUGAACAUAGACAUUUUUGCCCCUUUCUGGUGUUAUCACAUUCGUCAUGGCCAUAUCCUUGGUAACUCCUGUACCCUCUCAGACACAAAUUCCACCGCAGUUCAAAACAGAGAGGCAAACUUGUCUCCUGGCAAUGAGAACGGAGUAAAUUAUCUUUGUAGUGGGUUUGGUAAAGUUUAAGAAACCUGCAUAACCAUGUUAAUUUUGAUAUAAAAAAGGGGACUGGAUUGAAAUAACUCUCAUACGAAAGAUUUGUCCACACUUUUCAUAUGGGAGCUCUGCAUAAAUGUGUAAAAACUGAUGUGUGUGUGUGCUACAUUAUUGUCGGCAAGUAUGUACAAAGGAAGAACACAGUUUCUAUGUCUCGAAUCAAACCACAUCACCACUGUGAUACUACAUGAUUUAUAUGUGCAGAUACAAGUUCAGUGCCAAUAAACGUUUAAAACUUG